AGGGACUAGUGAAAAAGAGCCCCUGAAUGAGAAAAAUAAAUAGUUUAAGGGACGGUAGGAGAAGUAGGAGAGCUUGGGUCACAGAAACCACAGAAGAAGGAAGUGUGAUGAAGGAACAGUAGCUGUGCCUAAUGCAACAGAGAAAUCUCGUAAGGUCCCGAAGAUGGCGUAGUAAUAAAGGCACCUUCUGAUGACCAGGAGCAUCUUUACCCGUGGGUGCCUGCCCGGGCCAGUGGCAUCGUGUUGAGCUGAAGGAACUUGUCUAUUGCCCUCCUGAAAACCACUUUCUCUCCUAAUUCAUGAGCCAGCAAGAUGCAGUCGCUGCACUUUCUGAACGCCUUCUCAUAGCUGCGUACAAAGGCCAGGCAGAGAAUGUGGUUCAGCUCAUCAACAAGGGCGCCAAGGUAGCAGUUACCAAGCAUGGCCGGACCCCCCUUCAUCUUGCUGCCAAUAAGGGCCAUCUUUCUGUAGUCCAGAUCUUGCUGAAGGCUGGCUGUGACCUUGAUGUCCAGGAUGAUGGGGAUCAGACUGCCUUGCACCGGGCCACAGUGGUGGGGAACACGGACGUCAUCGCGGCACUCAUCCAGGAGGGCUGUGCUCUGGACCGCCAAGACAAGGCUUCUCUCUGGGGCCAGGAGCAGAGCAGACCCCAAGGAAUGAUGGAGGAUGGGAAUACGGCCCUACACGAAGCGUCCUGGCACGGUUUUAGCCAGUCAGCCAAACUGCUCGUUAAAGCAGGAGCCAACGUGCUUGCCAAGAACAAGGCGGGGAACACGGCUCUGCACCUGGCCUGCCAGAACAGCCACUCCCAGAGCACACGCGUCCUCCUGCUGGGCGGGUCCCGAGCCGACCUCAAAAAUAACGCAGGCGAUACCUGUUUGCACGUUGCUGCACGCUAUAAUCACUUGUCCAUCAUUAAGCUCCUCCUCAGUGCUUUCUGUUCUGUCCAUGAAAAGAACCAGGCUGGAGACACAGCACUUCAUGUUGCUGCUGCCCUAAACCACAAGAAGGUGGUUAAAAUCUUACUGGAAGCUGGAGCAGAUGGAACCAUUGUUAAUAAUGCAGGCCAGACUCCACUGGAGACUGCCCGCUACCACAAUAAUCCGGAAGUUGCUCUUCUCCUCACUAAAGCUCCCCAGGUCUUGCGCUUCAGUCGUGGGCGAAGCCUGAGGAAAAAGAGAGAGAGGCUCAAGGAAGAGAGGAGAGCUCAGUCUGUGCCAAGAGAUGAGGUGGCACAAAGCAAGGGAAGUGUCUCUGCAGGAGACACCCCCAGCAGUGAACAGGCUCCACCCAGACAAGAGGAGGCCAGAGAAGAUGUCCUGUCCGCCUCCCCAGAGCCCAGGGCAAAGGACAACAGGCAGAAAAAGUCAAGGCCCAAGGUGUCAGCGUUUUCUGACCCCACCCCACCAGCAGACCAGCAGCCUGGACACCAGAAGAACUUGCAUGCUCACAGUCACCCUAAAAAAAGGCCCAGGCACCGAUGUUCACCGCCGCCCCCUCCCCAUGAGUUCAGGGCCUACCAGCUCUACACGCUAUACCGGGGCAAGGACGGGAAGGUGAUGCAGGCACCGAUAAAUGGUUGUAGAUGUGAACCCCUAAUCAACAAGCUAGAGAACCAGUUGGAGGCAGCUGUGGAGGAGAUCAGAGCAGAGCUGGGGUCGGUUCAGGACAAAAUGAACACAAAGCUGGGGCAUAUGGAGAACAAGACCCAGCACCAGAUGCGCGUUCUGGACAAGCUGAUGGUUGAGCGGCUGUCAGCGGAGAGAACAGAGUGCCUGAACCGCCUGCAACAGCAUUCAGACACGGAGAAGCACGAUGGGGAGAGACGGCAGAUGUCAUUGGUUGAUGAAUUAAAAACCUGGUGCAUGUUAAAAAUUCAGAAUCUGGAGCUGAAGCUUUCCGGAGAUUCUAGGGCCUCUAGGACCAGAUCCACACCAUCUACUUGUGAGUCGUCUGCAGGUGUGGACCAAUCCGUGGCCACUGCAGGUCCGGUAGCGGCUUCCGACGGUUCUCCUCAGGUGGUCAGGCCCAAGGAAAAGGCCUUCAGCUCCACUACUACCCACAGACUACAGCAGGAGCUGUCUUCCUCCGACUGUACAGCGUCCCGACUGAGGAAUGUCAAGGUGCAGACGGCCUUGCUGCCCUUGAAAGAAGCGGCCAAGUGUGAUCAGCAGGCUGCGCCCUGCGUUGACAGAGGCACCCAAACCAAGAAGUCUGGGAAAAGUGGGCAGACGAGGCAUCGGCCCCAGCACCCGGCACCCGGCACCGCCAGUGGGCAGCCGGCCCCGGCGGCGGGCAGCGAGCAGGCUGCCUCUCACGGCCGAGACACCUCCCAGGCUCUGGAGAUUACCCAGUAUUUUUUUGAGGCUGUUUCUACGCAGAUGGAAAAGUGGUACGAGAGGAAGAUUGAAGAAGCGCGAAGCCAAGCCAGCCAGAAAGCCCAGCAAGACAAGGCCACCCUGAAGGAACACAUUAAAAGUUUAGAAGAGGAACUUGCUAAACUAAGGACGAAGGUGCAGAAGGAAACUUAGAACCUGCGCGGUGGCCUGAGAAGGGACGCUUGAGGACUCUGCCUUUGCAGCUCUACGGCAGCUGUGCCCGCGGCGUCCGCUCUUGUGCACACAGCAGACACGCCUUCAAAAACUAAGAGUCAAACUGCUGAAACGUGCCAGACACAUGCUUUCCUGCGCCCUGAAGUUCUGCAACCUUCAGCAAGUGACAGCUGAAGCCAGGGGAGGUUGCUUCGUGUCAGGUUUCAUUACAACCUCAAAACCUCAGUCCGGGUUCAUCUGAGGUUCAAAAGCUCGGAUUAAGUGAGCCACGCUAAGAAACGGAAACAUGUGUAAAGCCUAAAGCCUAAAAUUUGGGAUGUCUGAAAUAAUAUAAACGAAAAGGAAGGAGCAGUCAUUCGUGUGAGCGCCUCUGCGGGGCCGGACGAGAGCAUCUUUCUGUACAAGCUGGGCCGGAGACGCGCUGAAUCCAUGCUCUCGGACUUCGGGUUCUCAAAGUGCUGACCUUUCAACCACGUGAAAACUUAUCAAACCGAUUUUGAGGAGAAAGUGAUUUUCAUGAUGUCCCUAGAUCCAAUAUAAAAGUAUUUUGCAAAGUCAGAGGGGAUUUAAAUGAUGAGUAAUUGGCUAAUAGCACUGGGAAUGUUGGUUAAUAAACGCAAAUGAGAAAGGUCAGAUCAUUUGGUCGUGGUUUCUGUAUUUCCAGGCAAAAUACAGAAAGCAGGUUAAUGGAAAAAUAUUCACCUAACAAUUACCGAAACGUCUUUAUAGAAGAAUCCAUAAUGAAACCCAAUUAUUCAAGAGUACCUUUCUAAAUUUGAGCUUCUCGGUCUACAUUUUAUAAAAAAUAAGGCUAUAUCUUGAAAGUAUUUCACUUCUAAUUGUAUAUGGUCAUUGGAGAACCUCAGAAACUGCCCACUGCUUUGCAGUCUUUAUGUCAAGGUAAAGAAUUCAACAACUCAAUCUAGUCCCCACAAUUCCCCAUCCUUGGGGAGCCCCAAGGAUUUUCCUCUGCUCUGUGCAGUAGCUUGGGUAUGUUGAAACUUUGGAUUCAGUUAUCCUUUAAGCUUCUUGCCCCUGGGUAUGUGGAGUUAUAUUUAUCUCAAAAUUCCAUGUAUGCAAAGAAAUGUCAGUUCUAUUUCCAUUAACACAGGAACUGAGUAACUGUUGUGUCUAGCUUUGAAUAAAAUGUUGCUCACUGAGCCAAAGAGAAAAUGAUUGCCUGACAUGGAAACAUGCAGAAAAACGAA